CUGUGGCAGUGACACUCGGCGUGUCGCAUCCAGAAUGCCGUGUGCUGAGGAAUGCUGACAACCUACAAUGUCAACGUCAUCUCACUUCGUCCACGUAUUAUUCUGUUCUUCUUCCCCGUCAUCGUCACUCAGCCGCACUUUCUUCCAUCUGUCUCGGCCGCUGGCCGCCUUGCAAAUAGUAGGUAACUUAGGAAAUCAUUAUUUGCCGGCGUUUCGUUUCAGAGGAGCUUCACGUAAAUUGCGUCCGAAUUCAAACAAAACUUAGACGAAAGCUGCCAUUCAAGUUGUUUCCGCAAGUCAACCUCCCUACACCUACAUGUCAAAAUGGCGACGGUUCGAGAUUCCGACUUCUGGAAGCGUUUCUCAGCCGCCGUUCACCUGGACGAAGAAGCAACAGCACAGGCAUCGUCAAAAGAACUCGCACAUUCAGACUCGUGGCUUGCACGUGAACAAGUAAAACGAAGACGUCGCUCUUUCAUCUGCUGGAUAUUUUGGGUGGGCUUCGCGGGCUUUGUUACUGGUGUCGUCGUACUGGUUUUCUGGUUCGACUCUGCAGGUUUCUUUAAGAACCGGAAGAAAGUAGACGCAGAAUGAGCAUUGAACAGAGCCUUCCUACUUUGCUUGCCGACCCGAGACCUGGUCAUGCCCACUUUCAGUGUGCGCCUUUGGCAAUCAAACCUGCAUCGCAUCAAACCAAAUCCCGAAAUUCGGCAGGACAGAAACCAAUCCGAG